AUGAACCUACAGCCGCGCGCGCAGCUCGGGCAUGAUCUGCCGACUACUGGCGGCACUCAUCAUGGUUCCUCUGCAGAUUUACGGAGAAGGAGUGGCGAUGGCUUAGCUGGUAGAUUCCGUUUUUUUCAACGCCGCUCCAAGAACAAACCGUUCCCACCAUCGUGGGCUCCUCGACUCGGCGUAGUUUUCAGCUCGUUGGCAGUAGCGUACGUUCUGCUGCUAUGUUUCCGUUCUAUAGAGGCUGGGCGUCAACAGGCUUCACCUGCUAGAUCCCUUGCAGCUGGUGGAUAUGGACCAUGUCGCCCAAGCUUCGUACCUGGGGAUGCUGGUGGUGAUUCCGGGGCAACGGGGGGAGCGACACAACGUUUCGUGCAGUCACUCCUGCAGGGACAGCGAAUGCCACCGCCUCAACAGGCUUUGCAAUUCCAAGGGAAUGUCGGACUACCGCGCGCCGGAGGGUACGUUGCCGGCCAAGCGGUACAGGGGACUUCUGGAGACGUUUCCCGCAAAGGCUCUUCCACAGGGAAUUGGAAGACGCAGGACUUGCACUUGUGGGCGCAUUGGAACAUGCCUUCAGACGACAGGAAAUAUCUUAUACGCAUGCUUAGGCAAAUGCUAGAAGCGACGAAGUUAUGUGCGUCACUACUGCCAGUCUUAACGCGCAAGCAACAACUGCAGACGGCAUUCCAGGUGGUCAGGUUACUCGCCUUGGAAUUAGGAUCAUUUUCAUUGGUUAGUAGGGAUAUAGAGCCUAUGAGAAUCGCCGUAGGUGACUCUCUCAUCCAGUUGGCGAUGCAGUCGCUUGAACGCAGUGGGGACGACAAGAACAGGGAAGGCGAUCGCGCUUUGCUUCGGGAACUGAUUCGUUUGGUCAACGAGGUAAAGCAGCCGUGGUAUGUGAAGAGGGAAAAGGCCCCUCAUAAGUACAAAAAGAAGAUGAUAAGCAUAAUGGCAACUGCUGACGUGAUAUUGAGGAAAUGCGUGGGCGUUCUGCAAGGGCUACUAGUGUUUCACGAAGAUUCGUCGCUAAAGAAGUUGCCUACCGAAGUAGUAGCGCAGCAGCUGGAAGUUAUAAAGGCGCUCUAUCAUGUUCACGCUAAUUAUGUUGCAAGAGACGGCUCGCUUCGAGCACACAUGCUGGAGUGUCAGAAACGUACACGCGUGUAUGCACUUUUCCGUCACGAACACUACGAGCUGUCGAGAGGAAGGAUUGUCCCAGUCAAAGAGUUAUACACACAGGUAGAGGAGGCUGUUAGGGUCGCUGGGGGACUUCUACGGCCUGAACAAGAAAGCGCAUUGGGGCUUGACAGUGCUGUCGACUCAACGGAAGGGCAGACUGCAGAGGAAGAUAGUAAGCCUGAGCAGCUAAGUGAGCCGCUGAGUCCUGAACCGAUACAAGGAGCAUUAUCUCAAACAAUUGAGUCUUCCUGUGAGUCCAAAACUUUGGCGGUGAGUGGAGAAGCGGUGAGUGGAGAAGCGGUGAGUGGAGAAGCGGCGGCGGAGGAUUCGCCGCAAGGUAAAGCUCCAUCACCGUUGGCCGGCAGGUUGCCUGAACAAGGUGCAAGUUCUGGGCCAGCUCUGAAGCCUCCCCCCACAGGGACGUUUGCCGAGAAGGAUGUUGAGCAAUCGCCACCGCUCGUUUCUACGAAAGCUUCCCAGUCACCAGUUGUUCCGUCAGUGUCUGGGUCGAGUGCAGCAGAACAGGAAGUUUUAGUUGGACACCUAGAUUCUUCCGGGUUGGCUACUCCGUCGCAAAGACCUACGUAUCCAUCAGUCACGCAAAAAUCUGGAAGCGCCAAUCAUGCCAGUUCAUCAGGGCAAUACAGUUUUCCCGAAAAUAGUUCUAGCGCGCAUAUAGCGCAGUCUACUGCCGUCCUUGCAAUGGGUGCAGUUGCGCCGUCUGAACGUUUAGAGUCGCCUGUAUCCUCUAAGGAAAAAAUUUGCAACUGGAUGCAGACACCUGCAGCUCUUGAGGAGAGGGACUGCGGGUGGUUGCAAACACCAGCAACUCCUACAGUACAGGACCACAGGAGGCAGCAGAGUACUGCACCCCUUGAAGACGAGGGUUAUACCUGGCUGCAUGGAAUUGCGCCUGUUCAAGAAGAGGGUUACAGUGUGCAUGACACCGCUGCACCUGUUCAGCAAGAGAAGUGGCAUUGGCUGCCGACACUUUCACAUGUCCAAGGAGAGGAUUACAGUGGUUUGCAGACAACUGCUCCCCUUCAAGUAAAGGACCACAGUGGGUUGCAAGCAACUGCAACUGCUAGACAGAGGGAUUACGUGCGGCCGCAGACAACUGCACCUGUUCGCGAAGAGGAUUACGCCUGGCAUAAUACAAGUGCCUUCAUUACAGAUGAGUACAGGUGGCAGCAGGUACCUACACUUCUUCAAAAAGGGGAUGACAGGCAGGUGCAGAGAACUGCACUUUUUGCAAAUGAGGGCUACAAGUGGCUGCAGAGAACUGCACUUACAGAAAGUGAAAACGUGCUGCAACACACAGCUCCAUGUCAGUUGGACGUUUGUAGACGGCAGCAGACAACUGCUCUUUUUGAGAGGGCGCAGCAAAACUGGUUGCGGGCGCCUGCGCUUCUUCAACAGUACGGAGUGUUGCAGCCAACUGCAGUUCCUCAAGAAGGGAAUUGGCAGCAGAGAAUUACACUUCCUGGAGAAGAGAGAAACAGGUGGCUGCAAUCACCUGCACCUCUUCAAUACUAUUUUUACAGCGGGUCGCAGGCACCUGUGGCUGGAAAAGAAGAGGAGGACAGGGGUCUGCUGACGCGUGCACAUCUUCCACAAAAGAAUGCCGGCGGGCAGCAAGCAGGCGCACCUUCUCUGGAAGGGGAUAAGCGGCCGCAAGCGCCUGCACCUCAAGAUGCGUUUUACAGUUUUUUCAGCGGUGGAGGUGUACCUCCCUGGUCACCUUUUUCACAGGCUCUAGCGGGCGCUCCAAACCGAAGCGCCGCUGGAAACUCUGAGUGGUUUGACACUGGGUCCUUUGGCCAAGAUGAAGCACUGGGUAGCCAUCCGCCCAAGCAUACUCAGAUUAGCCAACAAUGA